GUGGCCCCGCCGCGAAUCAAGCAUAUUGCCAGAACCGAGCCAAGGGGAGAUCGAGGAAAGCAUUUCAUCUGGACGCUUUGCUCCUCGCACGUGGCGCGAAGACCGCGCGGGGCCAGCGGGCUGCGGAGAUCAACGUGCCGAAGAUCGUGCGGGAGGCGAGUGUUUGCGCGGUCAAGAAUGUAGCGAUCUUCGCGGUGGGCGCGGAGACCGAGCUCGCGCCGGUGGAGUCGCCCAAGGGCGAGCGCAAGAGCAGCGGCGAUGUAGGGCAGGCCAUCGGGGAGGUUCCGAAGGUAACCGGGGCGUUCUUCUUCGCGCCACAGCGUUUUCGUAGUUUCGAGAUCGCGACGGCCCAUCCCAUCAUCAG